UUGGCUUGAUGUGGGCAUAUUUUUCUCAAUGCGUGUCUUGUACGCAAUUUUUACUUUAUUUUCGGGCCUAAAUAGUUUUUGCCUAAUGAGUGCGUUUGACUUAGAUUUGAGUGAGUUUCUAACAAUCCAAGCGCCGCACUCCAAACGUAUAAAUAAAGUGGUUCUGGCUGCCAGCGUCGUUAGUUGAAUUAAAGCGUUUGCGUGGAAACAGUUUCGAGUCGAGUCGAUCCGGCCAUAAAUCAUAAGUAGACCAAACAAAAUGAAGUUCACUCUGCUCCUGCUCAUCGCCAGCCUCGCCUGUAUCCUGGCCGCACCCGCUCCGGCCGCCGAGGAGCAGCAAGAGUCCGCCGUGAAGGCCAAGCGAGGCUUGUCCUUGGGGUUGGGCUACCACGCCCCACUGGUGACCCAUUCGCACUACAUCGCCGCCCCGACGGUGGUGCACCAUGCCCCAAUAAUCUCGCAUGCACCGCUCAUCGCACACGCACCCCUCAUCGCCCACCAUCCGGUGUCCUCGGUGUCGUAUCACCUGCCCACCUACCACUCCAUUCACCACUUCUAA